AUGGGGGCUGCUCUCGUCGAGGCGGCGGCCAUGGGCGCCGCCAAGGGCGGAGGCGGUCGCCAGGCGGUUGCAGCGGCGGUCGCUGCGGCCUGCAGGUGCGUCGUGGCUUCGGCGCAACGUGCGCGAGCCGGAGGCGAUGGCGGCGAGGAGCUUGCGGUGCGCCUUGCCGCGAUGGUUCCGGCGAUGCUGCAGCGCAUCCGGGGGGCAGGGGCCCGACGGGCAGGCGCGCUCGCGCCGCGACGUCGGCGCCCACCACGGUGGACCACAGGAAAACGGCAGAGUACAGGAACGCGGCUCGUCCAC